UGCAUAUUUUUGGUCGAUUUAGAAGUUUCGGUUUCUGGCGUUCGGUUAUGGUGUACUAGAAUAGUUCGGUGAUAGCUGAGAAGUUCUUCGGUUUGUUACGUUGUGGUGCGCAUUACAACUCAAACUUAAGAACAAUGUGGCGUUCAACUUUUGUGCGUCAUCUCAAAACUUUGGUUCACUUCAAGAGCAGCGCAAUAGGACCGGGACCGAGCAACAUGGCCGUGCGUUCCUCUUUCCUGUUUGUCAGUGUUUCGCGAGCAAAGCUGCUUGCUGCUGCUGUAUCGCUAGGUGCUGGAGGCAGUGCCGUGCUUGCCUACUGUUCGCAUCGCAGCGCGUGUGCCGCGUUAUCCCUGGCACCCGAUCACACUCAGUUUGUGGCCGAGCCUAUCACGAAUCUCGAAACGCUGCUGAAAAACCAGGACGACAUGCGACGCAAAAUGGAGCUAUUAGUCCUCACAGCACAAGGCGAUAUCGUCAGGGAGCUAGAACGCCUCGAGGGCAACAAAACCUUCCACGUGACGCGCUGCACAGAUUCAAAUGAAGGUUCCGGUGUCAUAUCCUGCGUCAUAGAAGAUGGUGACAUCUUUGAGGCAGCUCAUGUGACAGCGUCGGUUUCGUUGAAUGACACAGAUGUCCCUUCGUGGCUCGGACCAAAUACUCUGCAAGGACAUCGUGCUACGCUUCAGACCAUCAGACUAGACUCGGCGAUACACCCGAGGAACCCGAACAUUCCCACACUAUAUUUCAACUACAAGUACUCGGAGUUAAGGGACAAGGCCUCAAACAAGGUGUUGUCAGGCUGGUUUGAAGGUGGCACUGACAUUGUACCUUACAUUCUGCACCAGGAUGACAUCAGACAUUACCAUCGUACUCUGAAGGAGACCUGUGACCUCCAUGACAGCACUCUCUAUCCAGCCUUGAAGAAAGAGUGUGACAGACGCUUCUUCAUUCAGCAUAGGCAAGAGCAUAGAGGUCUUGGAGGAAUAUACAUGAAUAGGAUCGAUGGUCCUUCGCUGCAGGACGCGUUUCGUUUGAUCAGCGACUGUGUCCGUGUUGUGCUGCCCAGCUACUUGCCCAUUUUGGACAAGAAUCUGGAAAGAGGAUACUCUUAUUCCGACAGAGACCUGCAGCUGAAGAGGAGGGGUCGCUUGGUCGAGUUUAGCCUCAUGUGCGAUGAUAACGUCAAAUCUGGAAUUAACAGUGCGGGAGACAAGACUGAUAAUGUUCUCGCGUCCCUGCCACCAAAUGCAAGGUGGCAUCAUGUCCUUGAUUCAAAUACAAGCCCCAAGAGUUCAACACUUCAUGAAGCCCUCAGAACUCCAAGAGAAUGGGUGUGAUUCCUUAAAGGUUUUCGUUCCAAACGUAGAAGCAGUAAACAAACAUAGGCAUUUGUUGGAAAAACAAAUUGAGAGUUGUCAUCACUGCAGGUUUUGAGUCAUCCAAAUUUGCUGUUUGCCUAUUUACUGCACAAAGCGUUUAUACCCUAACAACCACCGAGGAUGUCGAGGAAAGAAAUUAUUAUCUCUGUGUAUCUAAAUUAAAGUUUUUGACUCUGUCACAGGCUGCCGACGAAAACCAACCUGCAACAUCCGCAGUCUCGCCUGCAAGUUGGUUGUUCUGCCGUGCUGCAUGACCGUGGCACUUGAGUGGAACAUCUUCGUGGUUCACGACACCUGCUAGGGUGCCCUCGCGGCUCGCGAUGGUUGCCGCAGGCGGGAGCUACAGUCUGUUGCAGGUCAAAAAUAGCAGGGAGAGCUCCUCUCACAAAGCCCUCCACUUUUUUCACCGUAGCAGAGCAAACGCUGGAGAGAAAAAAAAACCCAAGUAUGAUGAGCUUUCUGGGAGAGGAUUGUCCUGCCAUUCUUAACCUGCAACAAACUAGAGCUUGUCCCACUUGGAGCAGCUCUCCUGAGGACUGCUACGAAAACAAAUAGGUCCUCCAAAGACAAGUUGGUCCUGUUGAAACAGACUUGUACCGUACGCAUUACAAGUAAUCAAAUUACUUGUAAUCGAUUACUUUUUGGAGUAAUUUUGUAAUCAGUUGAUUACUUUUAUUAGGCAGUAAUCACGAGAGUAAUCUGAUGACUUUUUGAAGUAAUAAAAUUACUUGUAACCGUUACAAUUUGUCCACGGGACCCUCCCCCCCGGGCACACCCCUUUUUUUAUAAAAUGACAAAAAUAAAAUUUGCUUUCUUUUUCCAACGGAAAAAAAGAAAGAUUUUUGCGGAUGUGUAGGAAACAGGGUCAAUCUCUUUCUAUGUACGGUUUCUGUGAAAUGUCAGUUUUUUUGUUUUUUUUUUUCGAGCUGGGAGUGGGAAGUCCCAUGGAAGCCACAGUGCGUGACAAAGGCCAUUCAAAGCAAAGUUUGAGGAAGCAGAAUGUAGCUUUAAGAGUCCUUCGUUCAAACUAGCCCCCUCACGCACACACACACAGAAAA